AUGAUGGUCCCAAGUGACAUCUCCAUCUACUUCAACGCUGUCUAUUACCCAAGCUGGAGGAUUUACAAAGACCAGCCGCCGUCUUCGCUACGGCUGGGGUUUGUGAGUCAUGUGUUUUAUGCAUUUGCAUGGGUGAAUCCGGAUGGGACCGUCAGACUCGGUGACGAGUGGGCAGACGAACAGAUGCCUGUGGAUGGCACACAAGGAUGUAUCAGGGCCUUUACACAGCUGAAAGAGCAGCAUAAAGGAAUGAGGGUGCUACUCUCAAUUGGCGGAGGGGGCACUGGAAGUCAACAUUUUGCUGCCGUGGCCAAAGACCCCAUAGCGCUUCGCACUUUUAUAUACAGUGCAAAAAAUCUGGUCGAUCGAUUCGACCUCGAUGGACUAGACAUUCUAUACAAAGUCGACUGGGAACACCCCUCCGACUCCCAACAAGGAGAAGACUACGUCAACCUCCUCCGCCUCCUCCGCAGCGAGUUUCCAUGCUCCCACUACACACUCACCACAGCGCUUCCAGCAGGUGCUUGGGCCCUGCAACAUAUCAAUCUCGCGCACGCGCAAUGCUACGUCGACUUCAUCAAUCUUAUGACCUACGACUUCUCGGGGCCCUGGGUCCCGCACAGCGGCCACCAGUCGCAACUUUUCGCCCCCGCGGCCCCGCACAGUGACGCAGCCACGCUCUCGUGCCACUCGGGCGUAUCCUACGCGCUAGCGCAUGCCGUGCCCGCGAGCAAGAUCCUGCUGGGCGUUCCUGUGUACGGACGCGCGUUUCCAGGCACGACGCGCGCGGGUCAAACACAUGGCGGCGACGGGGCGGCUGAGGAGACCGUGUUGGAUUAUCGCGACUUGCCUGUUGCGGGGAGUGUGGAGAUGCACGAUGAGUGUGCAUGUGCGGCAUUCUGUGUGGGUGAUAAGGUUGGGUUUGUGUCUUAUGAUUCCACGGCCACUGUUAGGCAGAAAGCGGCGUAUGUGCGCGAGAUGGAGCUGGGCGGCUUGUUUUACUGGCAUAUUGCCAGCGAUGCGCCGGGGAACAGGAGUUUGGUCGCUGCGGGGUAUAAUGCGCUGCAUGAUCUUUGA